CCUGCUUUAUCUGAGUCACUUAAAUGGCCUCAGGUUGCUUGUUUUCCAGUUCUCCCACUCACUUCCCCCAUGAGUGAACCUUCUCGCCUGCAUAAUAGUUUUAUAAUGAAGCCGCUCUCCCCAGACAGAUAACAUUUACAGUUGUUUCCGCGCUCCUCUGGGUCAAUACCGCCUCCCCAGAGAUAACGCUUGGUGCACAGAUGUUUGUCCGAGGAUCGUUUGCAUGAACGCAAACACACGACACCCUACUAAAGAAGUCAGCUGGUGGAGCAUAACCUACGUUGACUCUGUUCAGAGCAGCAGCGGUUGUUUUUCCCACACCGAAGAUGAAUCUCUCCACGUCGAAGAUGAAUCUCUCCACGUCGGACGUGUGCUGCGCCUUCGAGUCGCCCUUGCUGGACCGGCUUCUGCCUCCGGUUCUGAUCCUGGAGUUCAUGUUCGGGCUGAUGGGGAACGUCGUGGCCUUGUGGAUGUUCAUCUUCCACAUGGACACGUGGAAGCCCAACGCCGUGUACCUGACCCACCUGGCCGUGGCCGACUCCAUCGUGCUGUUCUGCUUGCCCUUCAGGGCCGACUACUACCGGCGCGGCAAGGACUGGAUUCACGGAGACAUCAUGUGUCGCAUCCUGCUCUUCCUGCUGGCGGCCAACCGUGCGGCGGGGAUCUUCUUCCUCACCGCCGUCGCCGUCGACCGCUACUUUAAGAUCGUCCACCCGUUGAACCGGAUCAACCGGAUGGGUCUUGGCUACGCCCUCUGGGUCUCCUUCGCCCUCUGGGGUCUGAUCUUUCUCGCCACUGGGUACCUUCUCGCCAACGAGCACUUCUUCUACAACGGCAACCGAACGCAGUGCGAGAGCUUCAACAUCUGCAUGGGCUUCAGUCCCCUCUCCACCUGGCACAACACCUUCUACGUCACCCAGUUCUUCCUGCCCACGGCCAUCGUGGCCUUCUGCACCAUCCGGAUCACGUGGCAGCUGAGGGUCAGGACCAUGGACAAGCAGGGGAAGAUCAAACGGGCCGUUCAGUUCGUGGCGGCCGUGGCUCUGAUAUUCAUCACCUGCUUCUUUCCCAGCACGAUAUCGCGCAUCGCCGUCUGGAUCCUCAAGGCGUGGUACAACGAAUGCCGAUACUUCGAGGAGGCCAACCUGGCGUUCUACACCUCGGUGUGUUUCACCUACUUCAACAGCGUCCUCAACCCCGUGGUGUAUUACUUCUCCAGCCCGGCCUUCAGCGGCAGCUUCGACAAGCUCCUGAACAAACUGCUGAGACGGAGCGAGAUCACAGAUCAGACGGCUACAACUGAGAAUGACAUUUCCACCAGUGAUGGUAGAAAGGGUUAAAUCCCUGUUGUUACUCUAAUAAAUACAUAAAGCAUGUUAAAGGCCUGGCUACUGAUAGAAAUACUAUUACCCUAGUUUAAAACUAUAAUAUGAUGUAGGAAAGAGGUUUUGCUGUGUUGGUGAACAACACAAUUACCCACCUAAAGUACUAAUUAGCAGCUAAGUGCUGUGUACUUGUGUAGGUUAAACGAAAACCCUCGAGUGUUUUAAUUAGAGCAAUUAUUUUUAACAACGAAAAGGCUUCCGUUGCACGCUGACCCAGACUUGUUGCCCAGCAAAUGCUCAUAAAGGCAACAGUAUCUAUCAGAUAGAUUUUUUUUCUUUGUAAAGGAGUUCAUAAAACACUUUACAUAGUCAAUCACUGAUUAUCUGCUACCCAGUAACGUAAUAUUUACAGUAUAAAUCAGUUGAACAGCCAGAGGGAGGUUUUAAAAACUUAACGUGCAGUCGUUAAACUGUCAUUUAACACGUAAAUCAAACAUCACUGCAAAGUUUACCAGGAUAGCUCAGUCCAUGAAGGUAGUGAGAGUGCAGGGAAUUCCAACAAAUAAUGUCAAAGCAGUGUCUUUUUUUUUAAAUUUCUGUUUCUUUUUUCUGUUAUAUUUUGUUUUCAAUAAAUGAAUUAAAUAUUAUAAUGAC